UGCAGCCUUGCAGGAGGGAAUACUUCUCUUUUUUUUGUGUUCCAGUAAGUGUCUGGAUCUGGAGCAGUGCAACUACUGAACUUUGUUUUCUGACGUUUGCAUCUUUGUCAGAUAUACUUGCUCAUGCCCUCUAACUCCAGGCUCUUUUCCUAUACAGAAUUCAAGUGGAAACAACAACGCAGUGUUGUAAAUAUGUAGGUGGGUAAGCCUGUGUGCUACUCUCUUUUCGCUUGGCAGCUGCUGCUGAGCCAUUAAGGCUUGCCCAACUACGGAUGGAGGGGAAAGCUUAUUUGAGUGGUCUCAGCUACUUGCUUGCCAGUUAGAGGACUGUGGAAGUAGUGUUGUCUGUGAAACUUGUGUCCCUCUACAUCCAGUUGAAACUGGCCUCUGAAUUUUUAAAGUUGGUUAUGAACAGAGAAUCUGACAGCGAUAGCAGAAGUCUUGUUUCAACAUGAAAUCACACAGAGGGGGAAAACAGGCUGAAAAGUACAGUGCUUUGGAAGCUGUGAUGUGCUGCAUUGUCAAAAUAAAGUAUCAGUGGUGAAGACAGCAGUUCUUGCCGAAGGGUUUUCAGUAGUUAUGCUAAUACAUUAACUUCACAACACAAUGCUAUCUCCAAAGAUAGAGUAGUUCUUACAGCAGGACAGGUGCAGAGCUGGCUGCCUAGUGAGAUGGGUUAGACUGCUGAUCCAGCCAAUGGUAUUUAAAUAAAAUAAUGGUGGUUAAAUAGAAACUGUCCAUUAUUCCAUUAACAUAUAUUGAGGUGGCUUUGUUAACUUACAGAUUUCUCUUCCUAGUCUGGUAGUUCUUGUGUAACUUUGGAUUCAAUUACUUCUAGAAGGUGUUCUGGUACCUUGUAUCCCUUGUUCAUGUAGGGAAAGUAUUUCCACAGAGAUGCUGUGCUAACAGCUGGAUUGAGCAUGUGUUGAGAAAAGUCUGCACAUGAGGGCAGGCAGCCAAAAGAUGAUUGAUAACACUACUGGUGAAGCAGGCAUAUUGUUAAUACCUGUCAGGAGGCUGACAACAGGCAUUUCCAGUUUCUGGUUCAUGCACAUCACAGUGCUGAUCAGCUUCGUUUCAAGGACUGACUAUGGCUAAAAGCAAGGUAUUCCCUUACAGCAAUGCCACACACAGUCAGGGAUUCAGCAAAGUUCCACCAAGUUAGAAGAGUGAUGACCAUCCUUUUCCUUACUAUGGUUAUCUCAUACUUCAGUUGCAUGAAAGCUGCCCCGAUGAAAGAAGCUAGUGUAAGAGGACAUGGCAGCUUGGCUUACCCAGGUCUUCGGACCCACGGGACUCUUGAAAGCCUAACUGGGCCCAAUGCUGGUUCAAGAGGACUGACAUCACUGGCGGACACUUUUGAACACGUGAUAGAGGAGCUUCUAGAUGAAGAUCAGGACAUCCAGCCCAGUGAGGAAAACAAGGAUGCGGACUUGUACACAUCCCGAGUCAUGCUGAGCAGUCAAGUGCCUUUGGAACCCCCACUGCUCUUUCUGCUCGAGGAGUACAAAAACUACCUGGAUGCUGCAAACAUGUCCAUGAGAGUCCGGCGUCACUCUGACCCAGCUCGCCGUGGGGAACUGAGCGUCUGUGACAGCACAAGCGAGUGGGUAACAGCAGCGGAGAAAAAGACUGCAGUGGACAUGUCUGGUGCAACUGUCACAGUCCUUGAAAAAGUCCCAGUACCUAAAGGCCAACUGAAGCAAUACUUCUAUGAGACCAAAUGCAACCCCAAGGGGUACACAAAGGAAGGCUGCAGGGGCAUAGACAAGAGGCACUGGAACUCACAGUGCCGAACUACCCAGUCUUACGUGAGAGCUCUCACCAUGGAUAACAAAAAGAGAGUUGGCUGGCGGUUUAUAAGAAUAGACACUUCCUGUGUAUGUACAUUAACCAUUAAAAGGGGAAGAUAGUGGGCUCGUGUUGUAUAGAUUAUAUUGAGACAAAAUUAUCUAUUUGUAUAUAUACAUAACAGGGUAAAUUAUUCAGUAAAAAAAUAAUUUUAUGGACUGCAUGUAUAACUGAAGUUUAUACAGUACAGUGAUACCACAAUCUAUUUAUUGAGCAUAUCCAUGACCUGAAAGGGAACAAAAGUCAGUCAUUUGCGCACAAACUAAAAACAAAAAAAAAAAAAGAAAAAAAAAGGAGGAAAAAAAAAGAAAAAAGCAAACAAACUAAAAAGUCUGCAUUACAUUCCUCGAUAACGUUGUGGUUUGUCGCCGUUGCCAAGAAUUGAAAACAGAAAAAGAUUAAAAAAAAAAAAGAUUCAAAUUGCAUGCUGCUUCAAUUGUGAAUUGAUGAUAAACUGUCCUCUUUCAGAAAAAUAAAUUGAACCAAAACAUUCCGUUUACAUUUUAGACAGUAAGUAUCUUUAUUCCUGUUAGUAUUAUAUCUGUUUACUGCUUUUACCUUCUGAUAGCGUUGGAAUUAAAACAAUGUCAAGGUGCUGUUGUCAUAGUUUUACUGUUUCUCUUAUUUUUGAACUCCCAUCAGAUUUGGAAAAAAGAACAAAAAAACCACAUUACCUUAUUCUGGAUUAAAGACAAAUUUGGGGUUUUUUUGGUAUGUUGUGAAGGUGUUUGCAAUAGCAAUCCGACUACUACUGAUAAAAAUAAAUAAAAAGAGGCAACUGAAAAAGAAUGGUGAUGUUCCACAUUGCUGAACUUCAGGCUUAAAGAGAGCACUUAGUUAACUGUCUGUCAACACGCUUUGCUGGGUUAUUUUUUAUUAAGUCAUUGUCUUUUGAGACUUACCUUUUUUCAUACCAUAUUUGUUUGUGUUUGGGGUCCCCUCCCCUUUCCUCUCAAAGAAAGUUGACUGUGAGCUUCAGAAUAUUUCACUCAGCAUACAACUGGAGCUUGUCAUGUAGAAAAUACUCUAUGAACUGUUGAGAGCAAUGAUAACAAUGUAAUAAGACUGUGCUUGGAUCUAACAGUGAAGCCCAGCAGUGGUGUCUCAAACCCUCCCAGUGAAUCAAAGGGAGGUCAUGGCACUGGAGAGCUUGGUUGGUUCAGUAGUGAGGAAGUGUUUUGGUUUGACUGAGGCUGUCCAGAUGGUAGUUAGCGCUGAACUUGGUUCUGUGCAUCUCCUCAUGGAGGAAAAGCUGUGCCCUGCACACUGGUGCAUGUAGUGCAGCCUUGUGCUCCAGAGUAUGUCUGCUAGCCCCGGAGUCCUGUGUGAUAGUCAGGGAUCGAGGCCAAAAGAGGCUCUGCCUGCAGCUGGAGGCAGUCAGCUUCUGGAGGCAUGUCUACUUCUGCUGUCAGCCUUCAUGAAGCAAGAAUUGGCAUUAAAAGUAAGCAAAGAGCUAGGGCUGGAGUAGUUGUCUUAACAUCUGCUUAGGUUCUGAUGUACUUUCUAGGCCCUGUGCUACCGCUCUAAUGAUCUAGACAGAAGUAGUUCUAAAAAGGCAGGUUGUAAGGUUCGGAGCCGGGCAUAGCACUUCAGCUGGAUACAGUGGGUGGAGAGGCAGAAAUAGCUCAUUAGUGAGCUCACUAAAGAUAGAUGCUGUAUUUGUAAAUCCUCUAGACAAAGUAGCUUGAGCAAAGAGGGAAAUGCUGUAAGACAUAAUUAUUGUGAAAUCUGCAUUAGUUGGUCUGUCUGUGGAAAUUAAUUAAAAGCUGGACUGGGCAAAGCUAAUUUGAAAUAUCAUCCCUUUUAAUGAUCUCCUGUGAAGAAUGUAUUUAACACAGAAUUGAUAUCACUCCUAGUAGAAAACCUGUCUGCUAGCUUAUGUGAGCUGGCAUAGACACCUUCAAAGUGGUUUCUUCUUAGGGUAAAAGGGCUUCCCUUUGCUAGGACUGUCAAAGUAGAGUCAUCCUCACUGUAAAAAGAAUUUUAUAUUUUGUACUGGCUGCAUGUUUGCUGGUCUGUGAACAAGAAGAGAAUGUUAUGUGACCUACUUGAGCUUCAGUCUUGAGGCAUUCCCACCUAAAAAUCAGAAAUUAAGAAAAUCUUACUAAAAUGUCUCCAAGCUUCAGCUGUUCCUUAUACAAACUGGACACUUGUGGUGAGGGAAAAAAAUAAUUUUUCUGUAGCCAGUAUGUUUAUGCAUAUUAUAAUCCAUGGCAUUUAGUAACCUGAACAUUGCUUGAGUGCUGUUGUUCUCAGCAGUGUUUCUAAACUGCUGCAGAGAGGUGGUACAGUGGUAGCCCAGCUCACAAGUAUAUUUUGGCAGUAGUAAUGAGUGUGUAACAGAUCAUCUAGACUAUGAAAAAAAAGUGAUAGCUAGGAUAUGAUGGUAAUCUAAGUCAGAUAUUGAAACAAAGUAAUUCCCUGCUCAAAUAAACUGAAUUUGCAAAAGAAGUGUUAGCAUAUAAACUACGCUAGAAAUAAAGUUCCUCAUUUCUCAAAGUUAAUUAUGGGUACACCUUCAAUUCAGUCAUUCUUACUUGGAAUAGGUCACAGUGGCACUUGUUACACACUCAAAACGGUUUGAUGGUAUGUUCAAGUGGUGCUGUUAGCUCUCUGGGUGAGUAAUUGAAAUGAAUAGGACUUCUCAUAGAGUAGCUUUGUGUUUAAAGCAACUCAAAAAUGUAACUGCUGUGUUAAUAUAAAAUGGUGAAAACCCACUUUAUAUUAUCUUUAGGAGCAGGGACUACAGCUGUUGGUACAUUAAAGCACACACAGGUGGCUUUUGCUCUUCAGUGGCUUUUCCAACACAGUCACUUGAUGGGCUUUCUGUUCCCAUCACUUCUGCUCAUGUGCUGUUGACUGCUGAGCUUUUGCCACUGAAUACACCCAAAGGAGCACCUCAUGCACAUGGGGAGAACUUAGGAACAGCACUGAGAACGUAGGGAGGAACCAUGCCCUGUAACUGCUCCCAGAGUGGAUUCCUGUAAUAUGUAUGUCAACUCUUGCUUUCGACAUAUAUAUAACAUGAAACUGGUAGUUAAACUGCAGUCCUGUGGCUCUCGCUUGCUUGACCCAAUGCAGACAUGAUCGCAGGCUCGGUUCAGUUAACAAGUUGUGGGUGGGGGCUUGGUUUUCUUUCAUGUCACUUAAUUGAAAUCUUGCUGUGGUCUGUUUGUGACAAAGGUAUAUCAUGCAUGUCAGCAGGCCUAGUGCUGUGUUAAGUAAAGACUCUUGCAAAUGUAAGUUCAUGUCUGUGGCCUUGUUCUCUACUAUUCACCUUGUGUAACAUAAAUAUUUAUUGUAUAUUUAUAUAAUUUUAUGUUUUUUGGAAAAAAACACUGAAAUUGGCAUUAAAAUUUAAAAGCAA